UCUAGAAGGGAGAGCAGUAUCCGCGAAUUUCCAUCUUUCGAAGUGAAUAGAGAAAGUGGCGAAAGCAAGGAAUACAGGCUUGCUGUGGAAUCGGGUCCAGAGUUCGACGGUGUGCCUCUGACAGAAUGCUAUUUGGGAUGUGAGGUCCACAAGCUGCACAUUUACGAUAGGCAGCAAUCGUCUAUGGGCUCAAAUACCAUAUUGGAAGAUCACUUAGGACAGACAAUGCUGAACUUGUAUCGAAUUCCACGAAAGCGUAUAUUUGCACGUUUACGCGACGAUCAUUCGCUGGUCGUCUACAAUCCCAACACGAAGAAGUGGUCACCAUACUUCCUUUCACCAGCAUCCCAUCUAAAUCUAGACUCCUUGAACAUACGAGGGCUCCAUGAAACGUUUGGACGAGCCGGUCAUCGGAUGGGCGCCAUUGAGUCUCCGCUUUCCGUUUACACAGAUGGACCUGUGGUUGUCGCAAGGAUCAAACGUAAUCAAAAGCACUUCUUCUAUAGAGUCACCUUCGGUAAGCUUGCUGUGGAAUCGGGUCCAGAGUUCGACGGUGUGCCUCUUGAGAAUGCUAUUUUGGGAUGUGGAGUCCACAACCUUCACAUUUACGAUAGGAGCAUCGUUAUGGGCUCGAUACCAUAUUGGGAUAUCACGUUAGGA